AAUGCUGCUUUGUUAUGUUUUCCCCUUCACAGAACUAAGAUGCAGGGUUAAGACGCGGGUUAGCUGAGUUCAGGGAGACCGCAAUGACGAAGGUGGCAUGCCUCUAACUGGGUUACAUGGUCAUUUAUCCUACCCACACUACACAUUUAAUCUCUGAGAGCUUCAGCUGUUUGCAGAGAGGAUGGGACUUGUUGUUUUCCUCCAAAUUAACUUCUCCAAGAAAAAUGGAUCCAGAUUCAAGUAAGCGACUCAGAGGAAGCUGGGUAACAAAGAUCUGUUUAUUCAGUCCUCGCAGCAAUAGCACCUGGAAAGUUCGACUAGCAAGAAUACCAAAAAUAGAAAAGGUCGGGGGAGUGGUUUCAGCUAUCUGUGGGCGUGAGGGCUCGGAUUUGACCAGUGAACAAAAGUGGUUUGUGUAGAGGGGGUGUGCUUCCUUAGGGAGGGAGAGUUGAAUGCAACAAUGAAUGUAUAUCUCAGAGGUUUGCGGUAUGAAUCAGAUGGUAUGAAGACUGGGAAUCUGAGGGGGUAGCGUGUACAUGUGUUGGCACUAACGGCUUUUUAAUGUGUUUGUGAGCUUUCAGUGCUACUGGGUGUUUUGCUCUGGCCACACUCCCUGGCUCCAGAGACACGGAAAAUCACCUAAAUCCAACCACCUUCCCUGGGCCAGUUUGACUUCAGAGGAUUAGAUCACAUCUCGUCACUGUGGUCAUAACAGAAAUAACUACAGCAAUACCCACUGCAGUGUAAUUUUACUUCAACAAAUAUUCUUUGAUCACGGACAGUGGUGAGGCUUUUGCUCCAUCGUCGCAGCUCAGACAGACACGGUGUCUUAUUGUGAUCAAACACUAAAACCAUGGGUUUUAGUAGAAAAAAUCCUCACGCUGUUUGAACAGAAACACUUUUCACAUGCUUAAUUUGAUUAUGUCCAAAGUUCUUUUGAAAAGGAGCAACCAUGAUAAGAAUUUAGGUCGAAUCCCAAUUCCAAUUAACAGUUUUUAUUUUCUAGUCAUUAUAGAAUUCAUCUUUUGUUUGUAUAUUUUUACACCCAUGUGUGGUGUAUUUCUGCUUUUUCCUCAUCUCUGUGACUACAGGCCCUUUUUUGCAGAUAUUUUGACACAGGGUUUGAAUAAUCAAAUAGUUUUGGGUGGCUUUGCUGUUGCACUGUCCUGAUUUACUUGAACUGAACAGAGGCAGGGCCUUUCUGCAUGGAGUUUGCACGUUCUCAAAGUGUGUGUGGGGGUUUUCUCCAGGUUCUCUGUUUUCCUCCCACUGUCCAUGAACAUGCAGCGGUUAUUUGAAGACUCUAAACUGCUAAGGUGCUAACUCCAAAGUGAAUUUGUGUUGGCCCCGGUGAAUGGCGACCUGUCCAGGAUGUUUCCUUUCGUGUCAGCUGGGGUUGGCUCCAGUGACCCGCGACUCUCAUGUGGGUGAUAAAGCGGUAGAUGGAUGAACAGAGCCACUCUUAUAGUGGUCAUUCUCAUUCGAUGCGUAUUUGCAUUGGUUUUCAUUUGUUUUCAUUAAUUCAGUCUACUGCUUGUUUGGUUUGAGGCCCGUUGGUUUACAACUUCUUAGAAAGCACUGUUUUUUUGUAUUUAACUUACUUGGGGCCACCAUUUCACACAUUUUAAGUCAAAACUGCAAAUUUUCCCAAUUUGCUCAUGGUAGACUAUGAAUAAGAAUCCUUCUUUGUGUGUGAUGUACGAUGACGUUUUUAGGAUGCAAUCUUGAAAAAAACGUGCUGUCUAAUCUUCUGAGAAACAAGAGUACUUGGGGCAUGUUGACUUUGGGGCUAUUGCGCUGCACACAUCACAUGAAAACCUGAACUAAUUGUGUAAAAUGCACUUUGACACAUUCAACGGAAAAUCAGCCUUCACAGUGAAGAGUUACUGUGUAUAUAUUGUGUGCUUGGCUGCAUGAGAAAACAGAUCUGGGACACAGUGGCUCACAGACGCCUCGCAGAAAUGAACACGACUCUCUUCAUUGGACAAGUCAUCGGCAUUGUCCCCAUCUGUGCUGUCCUGCUCUUCCUCCUCUCCAAGAUGGUUUUACGCCACCGCUGUAUCCAUGUGCAGGGCGGUUAUGGCUACGGUGUGCUGAUAACAGGCUGUGAUAGCGGCUUUGGACACCAGCUGGCUCGAUGCUUGGACCAGAAGGGGUUUGUGGUGUUUGCCGGUUGCUUGUAUCCAGACGGAAUCGGAGCCAUGAGCCUGUCCAGACAAAGUUCCAGUCAUCUGAAAAUCCUCAAACUGGACGUCACCAAGGAUGAAGACAUACAGCAAGUGAAGAAGACGGUUUUGGAGAACCUGCCUCAGAAAGGUCUGUGGGCAGUUGUUAACAACGCUGGAAUCACAGACUGGGCCGAGAUCGAGUGGAGCCAUUUUGAAGAUUUCCGCCACAUAAUUGACAUCAACCUGUGUGGCUGCAUCAGGACCUCCAUUGCAUUCCUGCCUCUGGUUCGUGCCGCUAAAGGUCGGGUGGUGUUUGUCUCGAGCAUUUUCGCCUUCUUCAAUUGCCUGAACAUGGGAGCAUACAGUGUGUCAAAGCGCGGUCUGGAGGCCUUUGCUGAUUGCCUGAGACUUGAAAUGGCAAGUUUUGGUGUGAAGGUGAGCAUCAUUCAGCCGGGAAACUUCGGUCAAGCCACAAACAUCUUGAGGAUAAAAUCGGGCCUGGACAUCUGGGAGAAACUAGACAAUGAGCAAAAGCAGAUCUUCAACCAGCAGUACUUUGAGCUGGCGAGUGAGUACUUCAUGUCCACAUGCAAAAAGGGAUUCAAGGACACCACGCUGGUCAUUGAUGCCAUGCUGCACGCCAUCACGUCCUCACAGCCCAAAUACAGAUAUCUGCUGGCUUCUGUGAUGGACAGGUUCUUCUUCAAACUCUAUCCGUUCAUGCCCACGGUCCUCACAGAUGCUAUGUUUUCGCUCAGCUCCAUGUAUGCUAAACGCAGAGACAUGCUUUACGCCAAAAACAUUUGAAUAAAUUAGAAAUAUUUCCUAUCAUGUGUUAAUUAUCCUUAUAUUUAAGAUUUAAAACACGUGAACAUUGACCCAUAUAGCAAAUAAGUGUGAAACACAUAACCCCACGGUAAUGUCACCAAUUCCUCUUUUUCUUCUAGUAAGUCUUACAGCCAGGUGUAAUGCUGCCCUCCACAGUUCAAAGUUCUCAAUUACAGUUUCCUUGAAACUCAACUCUUAAUCUGCCAAAGAAAUCCACAAUAAAUGAUUUUCUCAAAAUCGAUGUAGUUAUAUAACUUAUAUUAGAAUUCUUUUAGUUGGAAAGAUUUUGUAUUCAGUUUCUUUUUACUAGUUUUAUUAGUUUUAGUGACAGACCCCUCAAUUAUCAUUCUUUUUAUAUUUUUUUAAUGUAAUACUGGAAGGAUGGAAUGAAUACUUCAAGUGUAAGUGAAGGUCACACACAAUAAUUGGUACUUUAAUCUGUAAAAGCUGUUUUAUUCCUAAACAAUUGUUGCUUUAAAACUGCGUACAUGUGUUCUGUAUAUUCUGGAUAUGUUCCAAUAAAGUGACUGA